CUGUUUGACAGCUUUGCAAAUUUUCGAAAGAAAAUCUCGAUCAUAGACCAUAGUUAUUGAGCUAUUUAUUCAUUGUUUUAAUAACUAUCAUAAACGUAAUUGUUUAAAAAGUACGGCUUAAAUAAACAUAGCGUUCCUUAUUUUGUUGUUAUGUGCGAUGAAAUGUCGUUAACUAUAAAUAGACUUAGCUUGAGUUAGUCCGUAGAUUUGUCUGAUUGUGAUGGUAUAUCAGACAUAUUGAAGAAUAUUCGUAAAAAUGGGGAGAAGAGAAGAGCCGACCUGGGCGCAAGGCACUGUUGGCCUAACAGCAGCCCGGGAGCGAGGGGACAUCGAUCGAAAAUUCCAAAACCGUUUGACUGUUACCAGAAAUAUGAUAGACAGAUUAGGACUAGAAAAAGAGUUGCACGGACAUAUGGGAUGUGUUAAUUGUCUAGAAUGGAACAGCGAUGGGUCUGUACUGGCGUCGGCGUCCGAUGAUCUACACGUUAUAUUGUGGGAUCCUUAUCGAUAUAAACAAAUCCAUAACAUCUCUACUGGACACACAGGCAAUAUAUUCUCAGUUAAGUUCCUCUCCCCGGACUCGCUGGCCACGUGCGCAGCGGACGGCUCGGUGCGCGCGCGCAGCAUCGCUACGGGCGCGUCGCUGUUGGAGUGCGCGUGCCACUGCGGCCGCGUCAAGCGCCUCGCCGUGGCGCCAGACAAGCCGCACAUGCUGUGGUCGGCCGGUGAGGAUGGACUCGUGCUCCAACACGACCUCCGAACCCCGCAUCGCUGUAACUCAGACACGGCCAAUGUCCUCGUGAACCUGCUCAACCAUAUGGGUCGUUACGCCGAAGCCAAGUGCCUCGCGGUCAACCCUAGGAGGCCCUACCAGUUGGCCGUCGGAGCGAACGAUUUCUACGUCCGCCUCUAUGAUACGAGAAUGAUCAAGUUGGCAAGGCUACAGGAGUUGCAGGGAGGUGCCGCGACGUCUCGCCUGAUGUGGGAGCGCCAGAACGUGCGCUGCUCGCGCGCCGGACACGGAGACCCCGACAACAACAUUCCGCGCGCCGCCGUGCAGUACUUCGCCCCCGGUCACCUAUCAAUGGAGCCGAAUGAGCACUCUUUCCCAAAAAAAGCCACAACAUACGUGGCGUUCAGUCACGAUGGCAAUGAAUUGCUCGUCAACCUGGGCUCGGAACAGGUGUACCUGUUCGACGUGAACGCGGCGCGCCGGCCGGUGCUGGUGGAGAGCUUCAUCAUCCAGCACAACCACGGCUACCGCGAGGGCGAGGGCAAGCCGGCGCGCGCGGGCGGCGACGGCGCCAACGGCACCGUGGAGCCCCCCGCGCUGCCCGAGCGCGUGCGGCAGCUCAAGGAGAUGGCGAACGAGCUCGUCAACAAGGGCAGCUACACCAACGCCGUGGAGCUGUACAGCCGCGCGCUGGCGGAGUGGCCCCGCUGCGCCGUGCUGUACUCCAACCGCGCCGCCGCGCUCAUGCGCCGCGCCUGGUCGGGCGACACGUACGCCGCUAUCCGCGACUGCUACAAGGCGAUCAAGCUGGACGCUAACCAUGUGAAGUCCCACUUCCGGCUCGCGAAGGGCCUGAUGGACCUGAAGCGAGCUCGCGAGGCGCACGAGUGCCUGCUCUACUUCAAGGACAAGUUCCCAAAGCACGCAGAGAGCCACGCCGUGUUCCUGCUGCAGAAGGACAUCAACGUGGCGCUGGAGACGAUGGAGACGCAGCCGGACGAAGGUACUACGGAAGAGGACGGUCAGUCCGGCAGCGUUCUGGAGCGACAACUGCGCAGUUCAGCACUGGACUACAAGUGCCGGUUCCUGGGUCACUGUAAUACGACCACCGAUAUCAAGGAAGCUAAUUUCUUGGGACCGGAAGCUAAUUUCGUUGCCGCUGGUUCAGACGACGGCAGUAUGUUCAUCUGGUGCCGUAAGUCCGGCAACAUCAUACGCUGCCUGCGCGGAGACGAGUCCAUCGUGAACUGCGUGCAGCUGCACCCGAGCAUGUUCCUGCUGGCCACCAGCGGGAUCGAGGCGGUCGUCCGACUUUGGAGUCCAAGACCUGAGGACGGGCUGGGCGAGGCGCGCGUGGUCCCGGAGGCCAGCGCGGCCGCCGCCGCCAACCAGCAGCGCAUGCGCAGCGACCCCUUCGAGGCCAUGCUACUCAACAUCAGCUUCGCCGGCGGCGCCGAGCGCGACCUGCACUCGCCCGCCUGCCGCGCCACGUAAGGUGGAGCCGUCGAACUUAGAUUGAUUUAAGCGAUCGUCAAGAAGUCAUUUUGUAAAUAUAAUUAUCAUACAAUAUUUAUCGUUUAAUUAUUUCUGUUCGCGUUAAAUUCGUUUAUUUCAUUUAAAUUAUUUCUUUUAACCAUGUAAAGGUGCCAAGUUUAUUUUUUAAUUCCUAAAACGAUUUGUAUAUCUCGUGACGCUUCCAUGGAGGUUAUAUUUCGAAUGUAUAUUGAUUACAUUUUCAUUUAUUAUGUCUAUAAAAAUUAUAUCGCAAGUUAAGUAUGUCAUUUGCAUAAUAAUAAGAUACUGAAAAUUGUAAAUAUUAAAAUAAUUUUUAUAAUUAUAAAAUCAUUAAUCUCGUAUCUUCUGUUAAUCAUUUAAUGAUAGGACUUAAUGGUGCUGACUUUCUUGUGCACAAUCUCUGUACUGAAUUCAUUUAAUGGAUCAUUGAAUGUUGCUAUCUCUUUUUCUCUUAACGCUAACGGUAAAAGGUCGUAUGUGUAGUCCCGAUAUCAAACAUCGGUUUGUAAACUGAAUGUCUCAUAAUUUUGGUCAGAUUGGAAGUAACGGUAUGUUGUUUUAUAAUGUUUUCAUUCAUAAACAGUACUCAAGUUAUGUUUCGCUUCGGGCACACUGGUAUCUAUUAUUGUUUGUGCUUAUGGGUUUUAGACUAUAUGGGUUAUAGAAACGGCACAGGGAAAUAUAUUUAUAUUCCGCUUCCUCCUCAAAGGGAGGGGAGCCUUAGCCCAGAAGUGGUACAUUUACAGUCUAUUAUAGAUGUACAGAAGGCAGGUCAGUGUACGUUUAGUUCUAUAAGUUGUUAUUAUUUGUCAUACGACCUUUUUUCAUAUCAAUGUGUGCUUAAAGGUUACUGUGUGAUCCAAAUAAUAUAAAGAAUGACUUUUCGCGAUAUUGUGGCGUUAUAGGGAUUUGGUAGGAUAAGCAAAACAAAUGUUUUUUUCUUUUUAAAUAAAUAUUUAAUAAUGUAAAGGUUUAAUCUGGAUCUAGUUCUUCACUGCACUCAUUUCUGAAUAAUCUUCAUCAUAAUCACCUUUGUGGCUUCCUCUCUGCAUGUAUAUAUUUCCAUUAUCUAUGUAACAAAGAAAAAACAGUUAAAUAUAAUAUAUAAUGUAUAUUAUAUACUUACGAUACAUAGUUAACUCAUAAAUUGUUACACAAGAAGAUAACAAUAUAAAAUACGAAAAAAUAUAUACAUCAUUAUUACGUUUGUUUUGUGAACUGUACUAUUUAAGUGCCAUUGAGGUUCCUAUUCUUAUUAGUAUUAUUUUAAUUUAUUUUAGAGUUUGUGCACAAAGAAGUUUGCAUCAAAUAUUUUCAUCUUUGUGUAACUCUACGUUAAGGAAUUGCCUUGAAUAGAAAAGAUAUCGUUAUUUAGGAAACGUGAAUUGUUGAAUGAAAACAAUGGGUCGGUUUUUCGUUAUAAAUAAACUUUGAUGUAUAAUACAAUAUUAUUGUUUUUUUAUUAAACAAAUCUUUCCGAUAGUAAAAAUAAGUUUUGCAUAUCAAA